UUCCCUAUGUGUCGAGUGUUGAAGUAUUACACAUUCUGCGUGGAUACCAAGAAGGAAAAGGUGUACGCUUUGGAUAGUCAGAAUGAAUUGGUAGAUAUAUGUCAGGCUGCCAAAUAUGGAACAGCUACUGAUCUUGUGAAAAAUAUGCUUGCAGAUUAUUUGGCAUACAAGGGACAUGUGCAUAAGAGCAAUGUUGUGAAGCGAUCUAAGUUGGCAAUUGUACACAUAAAGUGGGGGGACGCUAAGAAUAUCAAUGACAUGGGUGUUUAUAUGAUGAGGCACAUGGAGACAUUCAUGGGCGAUUCUUCGUCGUUGUGGACAUGUGGUUUGGCUCCAAAGCUGAGAAAACAACUUAACCUUCUGCGAGUGAGGUACUGUGCGGCACUUAUUGCGUGGGAGAGGAACAGUAUUCGCGACGCAAUGGAAGAAAGCGCAAAAUUAAGUUUGGGUUCUAGUUUUGAUGAUCCAAAUCUCAACAUCGACGUCACGUUGCUUGGGAAAUGAUCCACCUAAUUAAUUUGUUCAGACCAUACAGAUGAAUGUUAUAUUUAUGGAAUGCGUUAGUACAAUAUUUUUGUGGCGAUUUUGUC